AAGCCGCCGACCGCCAUGGCGAAGCAGUUUGGGGCCAUCCGGGUGGGAACCUAUCUGGACAUCAAGAGGAGCGACGGGCGGAUCCACCCGGCGCUGGUGACGGCGCUGCACGAGGACACCAACAGCGUGACCGUGGAAUGGAUCGAAAAGGGCGCCAACAAGGGCAAGAAAGUGGAGCUGAGCCUGGCCUUCAAUCUCAACCCUCACCUGGCCCCAGCGGCGCUCAGCCCGGGAACGCUCUCGGAGCAGGGCGACCACUCCACGCCGCCUCCCAACUACGUGGUGACCCCGAUCACCAAAGAGAAGCCGGGAGGGGACAGCGUGGAGCGCGAGUUCAGAAGGCCCCCUUCGACGGGCAAAAGCAGCCCCAGCCUCAGCUCUGCCCGCAAGUCGCCCUGCGUGCUCGAGGUGGAGCGGCUGCGCGAGGAGCGGGAAAAGCGCCACUUGGCGCUGCUGGAGAUGCGGGCCCGGCGCGAGGCCCGGGACGCGCACCCGCACGCGGACGUGAUUGCCACGAUCGAGCGGUACCGCGCCGCCCUGCUGCGCGGUGGCGCCGCUGCCUUGCUGGCCCAGAGCUGCCCGCCGGAGAGCAGCCGCAACGGCGGGGCUGCUUCCCGCAAGAUCUGCGUCUGCGUUCGCAAGCGGCCGCUCAACCAGCGGGAGGCGGAGAUCAAGGAUGUGGACGUGGUGACCAUCCCGUGCUCGGGCGUGGUGAUGGUGCACGAAGCCAGGCAAAAGCUGGACCUCACCCGCUACUUGGAGCACCAGACCUUCCGCUUCGAUCACGCCUUUGACGACCGCGCCACCAACGAAAGCGUCUACAAGCACACGGCCCAGCCGCUGGUAGAGACCAUCUUCCGGGGUGGCAUGGCCACGUGCUUCGCCUACGGGCAGACGGGCAGCGGCAAGACCCACACGAUGGGAGGGGACUUCUCUGGCAAGAAGCAGGACUCCACCAAAGGCAUCUACGCCAUGGCUGCCCGGGAUGUCUUCUUCUUGCUCCAGGAGCCCACUUACAAGAUGCUGGAGCUCCAGGUCUUUGGGGCCUUUUUUGAGAUCUACUGGGGGAAAGUCUACGAUUUGCUGAACUGGAAGAACCGGCUAAGGGUCCUGGAGGAUAGCAAUCAGCAAGUCCAGGUGGUGGGGCUGCUGGAACAGAAGGUCAUCUGCGUUGAGGACGUCUUGAAGCUCAUUGAGAUAGGGAACCGAUGCAGGACCUCCGGCCAGACCUCAGCCAACUCCCAUUCCUCCCGGAGCCAUGCAGUUUUCCAGAUUAUCCUCAAACGCAGGGGGAGACUAUAUGGCAAGUUUUCCUUGAUUGACUUGGCUGGCAGCGAGCGGGGAGCAGACACCUCCAGGGCAGACCGACUGACCAGGCUAGAGGGAGCUGAGAUCAAUAAGAGCCUCUUAGCCCUGAAGGAAUGCAUCCGAGCCUUGGGGCGCAAUAAAGGCCACACACCUUUUCGAGCUAGCAAGCUGACCCAAGUGCUAAGAGACUCGUUCGUUGGAGAAAACUCUUGCACCUGCAUGAUUGCCACCAUCUCCCCAGGCAUGAAGUCAUGUGAGCACACACUCAAUACCCUCAGAUAUGCUGAUCGGGUAAAAGGGCUGGUGGUUGACCCCAGCGCCUUCAAACAGUGCCAUCCUAUCCUGUCCAAGUCCCUGUAUCAGCUGGAGGAGGUGACCCAGCCUUGGAACAUUCAGAGCUUGCCUGAGACAGAUGAGUUCAAAGUCAUCUGUGUACAAAAAGAGGAUCAAGUCCCUUUGCCAGCUGUUAGCUUCAUCUCCAGAGGAAAAGUACAGAAGAAGAGGAAAGAGGCUGAUGAGAAAGCUCAGACAGAAGAUCAUCAGGAAUCUCUGAGAUGGCUCAAAGCUUUCCUGAAAAUGGCUGAAGAUGUUGAAUAUGACAUGGAGUUUUACGCCACCCAGUUCGAAACCAUGCUGACACAAAAGAUCGCAAUCCUUUCUGAGAUCCAGGAUAAAGUGAAGUCUUUUCGGGCUAACCUCUGUAAGGAAGACCUGGAGAGCAAUGACAUCCUUGUGAAGAGAUCCCGCAUUCUGUGA